UUAUACUGGGCUGGUGUCUGUAAAUACAUUACAUUUGGCCAUGCCAUUUACUAUAAUAAAAUUUGACAUUGCUUAUCCAAGUGAGUGUUUCUCAUCCGAUCUUAUUUGAAACCCACACGCAUUAGAAGACAAGAAAUCAAGGUUUUUAGAGUAGCCUUAAUUGUGUUCCACCUUAACUGUCACUUACUAAAUCAAGAAAGAAAAUCAUGUUUAUAUUUUCAAAUUUAGUUUCCAUUUAUUUUCAAGUUUAAUGGUAAUGUUAUAUUUUUAAAAGUCAAGUGGCGCAAAUAAAGCGGAAAAGGAAGUCCGUCCAGAGCGGAAGUGGCUGUUUGGACCAAUGGUUAGCGCAGAACACUGGGUGAGCGCGGAAAUCAGUCACUGCGUUCAGACGAUCUGUUCGCGGGAAAGAACAGCCACAUUAACACAGAGAACUAGCACCAGUUAAGGUGCUAACCAAAUUUUAAGAUACAUAUAUUUUAGGAUCAUAAGAUCGGGUCCCACUGAAGCACAGGCAUGCUUUUCCGUUCAAUAGUUGACAAUCGCAUCGGCAGAAAAAGGCAGAAUGCGUUACCUGCACAUCCCUGGACCAAGUACCCUCUGAGCUCCCUUCUCAAAGGCUACCAGUGUGUUUGCCAUGAUGAACACAUCUCCUAUGGGAACCUCGGCGACUCGGUGCCCCCAUUUGGAUUAUCUUUCUCCUCCGCAAGGGAGAUUCAGGAUGUUCUGGCUGUGGCAAAUGAAGAAGGCAUUGUUAGGCUUUACAACACAGAGGGACGAGGAAACCUACUUCUGAAAGAAUGGCUGGCUCAUGACAAUGCCGUCUUUGACAUAGCAUGGGUGCCAGGGGAGUCUCAAUUGGUGACUGCUGCAGGCGACCAGAUGGCCAGGUUGUGGGAUGUGAAGUCAGGCGAGCUGUUAGGUAGCUUCAAGGGCCACCUCUGCAGCCUCAAAUCUGUUGCAUUCGCUUCAGAGGACAAAGCUGUGUUCUGUACCGGUGCAAGAGAUGGAAAUAUUUUGGUGUGGGAUACCAGAUGCAGCAAAAAAGAUGGUUUCUACAAACCGAUGAAACAAAUCCAGGGUGCUCAUAACAAAGCAGAGACAAACCCCCCAUCGAAAACAAAGAAGAGAAGACUCAGCACCCGUGGCAUGGCUCCUAGUGUUGACACCCAGCAGAGUGUCACUGUGGUUUUAUUUCAAGAUCAGCACACUCUCAUCUCCUCGGGAGCAGUUGAUGGAGUUGUUAAAAUGUGGGACCUGAGGAAAAACUACACUGCACACCAUCACGAUCCUGUAGCCCUGCAGACAUACCCAUAUCCUGGUUCUUCAAUGCGCAUGCGUCUUGGUUAUUCUGGGCUUGUCCUGGACUCCACAAGGUCUAACAUCAUGUGCAACUGUACCGAUGAUAACAUUUACAUGUUCAAUGUCAGUGGGAUAAAAACUACACCAGAGGCAAUGUUCAAUGGCCACCAAAACUCAUCUUUUUACAUCAAGUCCACAAUUAGCCCAGAUGACCAGUUCUUGGCCAGUGGUUCAAGUGACAACCACACAUACAUCUGGAAGAUCUCUGAUCCCAUGCUUCCUCCCAUGACACUUCAAGGCCACAGUGAGGAAGUGACAUCUGUUGCAUGGUGCCCAACAGACUUCACGAAGAUUGCUUCCUGCUCUGAUGACCACACUGUACGCAUCUGGCGCCUUCAUCGUGAAAUGGACGGCGCACAGUCGUCAGUGGGAGAGGCCAAUCUCGUUGGCUGGGCACGUCCUAAGAGUCCACACAAACCUUCAAACAACUCUGAGUCAACCCCUGCUAAGGACCCGAGAGCCGAGAGCAUUGCAGGGCUGGCCUCUCCGCGUCUCGCUGCUUGUGCUCCGAAUGUGGCUGCCUUGCCUCUACCCUCCAGCACUACUUCACCUGUCCAGUCUCAGCAACCCAAAGCCUCUAAUUGUCAAAGAACCCCACAUUCCAUCAAAUCAUGGCUAUCCCCGAGACAAGGAUCUCCAAACCAGAAAAGCCCUCUCCUGCGUAAGGUUCUGAGUCCGUGUCCACAGUGCCCGGAGGACUGCACCUCUCCUACGCCACCACGAGCCAAACGCAGGCUGGAGACUGCCAACAGUUCGUCUGAUGAAUGUGAGGGCGCAAAGCAGUGCGAUUGUGUCUCAGAACUGUAUCAUGUUGCCAAAAGGAACCGGGCCCAGUCAGGCAUCUGCUGCCCAGCUCAGGAGGGUCUGCUACAGACAGACAAUCGUAUUGAGGAAGGGAGAGCAUCAUCAAAACAGAAUGGCAAAGAAAACUCCAGCCCUCAAGUGACAGACUGGCUGUCAGUGAUGGGCCAAAAGAUGAGAGGAAGCUCUAGUAGCCCCCGAAGCCCCAGUGCUGCCAAAAAACAAGCAGGCAAGACGCCAACUUCACCGACUUUGAGCUCGCCACAGAACAUGAAAAAAAUCUCCUCCUAUUUCACAAGGAGACCCACAGAGUGACCUACGGAGAUUUUUUAGAAUCCAAUAGUUUCUGUUUGAGAUGCUGUAUUAAAGGUGAUUUUAACAGGAGACUACAAACUGCUUUGUACUGUAACAUCUGUACUGUACUGUAACAUCACUCAUUCGUUUAACUUGAUAUGUUUAUACACAUCUAGAAUGUGGCACAACCUUUGACCGUUUCAUAUUUAUUGGGACAUAGUUUGUAAGUGCCCCAUAAACCUUUAUGAUGCUGUUCAGAGUGUCGGAUUGACAAGUUUAUGGUGGAAUUUUUGCUGAGUAAUUCUUUUACUGGGACAAGCUAUAUUUACGAUCUGCUUUUGACACGACUUUAUGAGGUAGUUUAUGCAAAAACAUUUAGACUUUUGAGAUCUGUCCCAUGAAGUGUAAAAGUUAAAUUACCAGUUUUAUUCACUGUCUUGGAGCCCUUUUAUGAACAUGUGUAAUUAUUCCUUGCUGCACAUCAGCUUUUAUCUGCUCAGCAUUUUUUUUUGUGUAUUUUUGUUGUUGUUGUUCUCGAGGAAAUACUCCAGUUGUUAUGUACAAAACAGCAAGUGAUUGUUGCAUGGUGUGUUUGUGACGCACAGUUGAGUGGGCAGAUUUCUAUUAAAAUUAAAAUAUUUGUA